AUGGACAUCGCUCUGGUGAGGCUGCAGGACGGCGGCGCGGCUCUGGGGAGCUGUCAGAGAGGUGUUGGAGGCGGUAUCUCGGCGCCCCUGGCUGUGAGCGCUGGCCCGGGCGAGAUGAACGCGGCGGGGCCGCUGAAAGCGGCGGAACAGGCGCCACCGGUGGACAACCUGCCGCCGCCGCCGCAGCAGCUGCUGGAGGUGAACCGCUCGGAGCGGGUGGUGAUCAACAUCGCCGGGCUCCGGUACGAGACCCAGCUGAGCACGCUGAGCCAGUUCCCGGACAGCCUGCUGGGCGACCCGGAGAAGAGGAUGCGCUACUUCGACCCGCUCAAGAACGAGUACUUCUUCGACCGCAACCGGCCGUGCUUCGACGGCAUCCUGUACUUCUACCAGUCGGGCGGCAGGAUCCGCCGACCCGUCAAUGUCUCCAUCGACAUGUUCGCCGACGAGAUCCGCUUCUACAAGCUGGGGCCCGAGGCCAUGGAGAGAUUCCGCGAGGACGAGGGCUUCAUCAAGGAGGAGGAGAAGCCGCUGCCCCGCAACGAGUUCCAGAAGCAGAUGUGGCUCCUCUUCGAGUACCCGGAGAGUUCCAGCCCGGCCCGGGGCAUCGCCAUCGUCUCGGUGCUGGUCAUUGUCAUCUCCAUCAUCAUCUUCUGCCUGGAGACCCUGCCCGAGUUCCGCGAUGACCGGGACAGCGCCAGGAACUCGCCGCACAACGCCAGCGCCCAGAGCCCCGGGGCUGGGGGCAGCGGCGGCGGCGGCGGCGGCGGCAGCAACAGCCUGACCGACCCCUUCUUCAUCAUCGAGACCACCUGCGUGGUCUGGUUCACCCUGGAGCUGCUGGUCCGCUUCCUGGCCUGCCCCAGCAAGUCGGUCUUCGCCCGGGACAUCAUGAACAUCAUCGACAUCGUGGCCAUCAUCCCGUACUUCAUCACCCUGGGCACCGAGCUGGCCGAGCAGCAGUCCAAUGGCCAGCAGGCUAUGUCCCUGGCCAUCCUCAGGGUCAUCCGCCUGGUGCGGGUCUUCCGCAUCUUCAAGCUCUCCCGCCACUCCAAGGGCCUGCAGAUCCUGGGCCAGACCCUCAAGGCCAGCAUGAGGGAGCUGGGCCUGCUCAUCUUCUUCCUCUUCAUCGGGGUCAUCCUGUUCUCCAGCGCCGUCUACUUCGCCGAGGCGGACGAGCCCCGCUCCCACUUCAGCAGCAUCCCCGACGCCUUCUGGUGGGCGGUGGUCACCAUGACCACGGUGGGCUACGGCGACAUGAAGCCGGUCACCAUGGGCGGCAAGAUCGUGGGCUCGCUGUGCGCCAUCGCCGGCGUGCUGACCAUCGCCCUGCCCGUGCCCGUCAUCGUCUCCAACUUCAACUACUUCUACCACCGGGAGACGGACAACGAGGAGCAGGCACAGUACCUGAAGGACGACACGGACAGCGAGCCCAGUCACUCAGAGGAACUGAAGAGGAGCAGGAGCUCCCUGGGCAAACCCCUGGAGAACAGUGAGGGGGUGAACAAUGGCGCAGGGGCCCACCUCAAAGCCAACAGUGCCCCAGACAUCAGGAAAUCUCUGUACGCGCUCUGUCUGGAUCCAAAUACAGAGACCGACCUGUAG